UAAAAAGGAGGGCUGCGCGGACAUAACGCGCCCGCGGGGUGUCGCGGGAAGAAAGAGAAAAGUAACACUUUUGCGUCGUGAAUAUCGCCGGGUUCCGAUUGGGGAAAGGUGGGGAAAGGGCGUCUGCGUAACACCUUUCUCUCCCGUUUCGUGAUGUGCUGACGCGAGGAGUGCAGAAAAAGUGGCCAGACCCAAAUACCGGGCCCUAAUGGGGCCUGGGGAGGGCGUGGACGCCUUGGCCGUGCCGUGCGCGAUGGGAACGCUGUCUCCAGCAGCGCACAGUGCCGCCUUCUCUGGAUAUCUGCGCAGCUCGACGACGACAAUGCGUGGACCGACGUCGUCGAACUGGCGCCGGUGCCGUUCGCUGUGGAUAGCGAGAACCGUCGCGACCGUCGCGCUGACUGUGCUGGUGGUCCUCUCGUGCGCACCGGGUGUGUCGUCGAUGCAUUCGAGAGGCACUUCCAAGCGUCUGAUCGUGCGGGAAGGCCACCAGACGGAGCUGCCAUGCGACCUGCGGGACGCGCUCUCCAACGACUCGCUGGCCUUCGUGCACUGGUACCACACGCCGGAGCGGGAGCCACACGGCUCCGGUGGCGCGGGAUCCUCGCUCGGAUACGGGUUCCGCGCGGCGGCCGCGAACCGCGAGCCCAUCUACACGGUGGACUUCGGGCCGGACCCGACGCUCAGCAGGGAGGCCGCCGCCAGCGGAACCGCGGGGGGCACCAUGGCUGCCGGCGCUACGGGAGCCACGGGGGGACGAGGGAACAACUUGUUACAGGUUAACCGUUCAGCGGGCCAUGGAUGGGUGGGGCGGGCCUACUUCUCCAUCAUCGGCCACCCGGCCAGCCUCAAGGUGAACAGCGUGCGAUUUGAGGACGCCGGCCUCUACACGUGCACGGCCGUGUUCCGCGAUGGCGCCCGCAGAAACUCUACGGUGCGGCUCCACGUCGUCGCACCCCCUGAGCCCCCGGUAAUACGAGACGGAGAAGGAAACGAACUCCGAGGCACCAUCGGACCGUUCAACGAAGGCAGCACGCUGGCAUUGGUUUGCGUUGUCUAUGGUGGCAAGCCCAAGCCGACGCUCGUGUGGAGCGGCAUGCCGAACGGAAUGAUGGCCGAAGUGCGUCCCUCUUCCGAGGCACAACUCACCACCUCGACUCUACUGAUCCACUCCCUGAGGAGGGAAGAUCUGCGCGCAACGCUGUACUGCACUGCAUCAAACAACAUAUCCUCGCCAGCCGACACUUCCGUCACGCUCGACCUCAACCUGCGUCCCACGUCGGUGAAGAUCAGGCGCGGCGACAUCCCAAUCUCGGCGGGCCUGCCCGCUGAAAUCGUAUGCGAAGUGUGGGGUUCGCGACCACCGCCCGUGGUCACUUGGUGGAAGGGCCUGCACCAGCUGAACCACACCUUCGUGUACGUGUCAACGGACGGCAACAUGACCACGAGUGUGGUGUCUUUCACUCCCUCGAAUGACGACCACGGCUCCAGUCUCGCCUGCCGAGCCAAGAACCCGGCAAUGGCAGACAGUGUGGAAGAGGACACGUGGACGAUGGACGUGCAGUACAAGCCUAGGAUCUCGCUCCAGCUGGGCACAAAGCUAAGCCUCGAGAACAUCCAGGAGAACAACGACGUGUACCUGGAGUGCCGCGCGGAUGCCAAUCCUCCGGUGGACGAAGUGGCCUGGCAGUUCAACGCGCAAGAGCUGCAGGCCUCGGAGAACGUGCUCGUCUCCAAGAACUUCCUGGUCAUCCAGCGAGUGCAGACCCAUCACUCGGGCCUCUACUCUUGCAGCGCCGAGAACUCCGAAGGGCGGACGCAGGGGGAAACGCUACAGCUGCGCGUUCAGCACGCACCACUCUGCAAGGCCAACCAGCACGUGGUGUACGCAGCAUCGCGUCACCAGGAGGUUGAGGUGCACUGCGAGGUUGAAGCAGACCCGAGCAACGUCACCUUCGAAUGGCGCUUCAACAGCACGCUCCAGCAGCGGCCCCUCAAGAGCUUCUGGACGCAGGGGACGCGCAGUAUCGCUCGGUACAUCCCUCAUAGCCAUACCGAGUAUGGGACGCUGCUAUGCACCGCGUCCAACCGCAUCGGCAAACAGCGGCAGCCAUGCCUCUUCCAUGUCGUCCAGGCAGCAGGACCUCCAGGCCCCGUAGAAAACUGUUCCAUCACGAACCAGACGGAAGGAUCAUUGCACCUCGAAUGCCAGGCGGGCUCGGACGGACACCUUCCCGCGCACUUUGUGCUCUCCGUGCACGAUGCGCUUACCGCCACAGUGUCGGCCAACUUCACCGCCGAUAGGCCAGACUUCUGGGUCCACGAUCUUCUUCCUGGUGUGGAAUACUUUCUCGUGGUGUCCGCCGUGAACGAGCGUGGCCGGAGUCCGGAGCUCACAAUCCUGCCGCCGAUAAUGCCUCUCGUGGGAAAGCUUACCAAGUCCGGAAGUGCGGCUAAGAUCUACUCGAGCGCACUUCUCGUGACGGUGAUUGCCGCCGUGGCGCUUCUGUGCCUGCUACCUCUGAUUGUGCUUGGAGCAGUCAAACUGAGAGGGCGGCGCUUCUUCUGCAAAAGUCGAGAGGCCAAGAAGGAUGUGACAGACGAAGACGCCUGCCCUUCAACCACAGCGGCCAGUCCUCAGGAGGCCACGCAACUGCAGAUAUCCUCCAUCUACCCCAAGGAAGACAACCAAGUGUGGAUCGUCAAGAAGAGCACCGGCCUAUGAGCCUCGACGGCCACAGCCUGCGCAGCCACAAAGCGGUUAGACACUCUCUACGACAGCGUCAGCGUCAUACCGGCACAAAGGCUUGUAUAUCCCGCCGGCUUAUUAAAGUUGUGUGGGUGGUCCAAUCGGCAACUACCAAAAAAUUUGAUUGAAUAAGCAGCGUUUUUGUCAAGAAGACGACCGAUGGAAGCAGCAUCCGAAAGCUCGAAUGGUCGAGUUACUUACGUGAACAAGGUUUAUCUCAAGAGUUUCUUCUGGCUUUACCUUUCAAAAUAUACACCUGGUUUCCGGGCUACUGCGAUAGCAAAUAACUAAAAAAUAAAAGGUGGCUGUCAGUGCAAUGGCUAAUGAAAGCCGUGGCUCUUCGAGAGCAGCUGUGCGGUGCUGUGACCAGUGCAGCUUUCUGAACGUAAGCGCCAACAUUUCACUUCGACCUCCUUGACAGUGAGUGUUGUUCAGCGGGAGACAAGCACGAGCAAGUACAGCCAAUGUCAAGACUAGGAGCAGUCUUCUGUACUCGAGCCAGUGGCCAGUUAGUGAUUCAAGAUAUGUUAUGCUACGGUGUGUCUUGUCGCGUGAUUGCGAAUUGUUAUGGCUUCAGAUGUGUGCCCGUCGGCAUUUUUCGGCCGCCAGCAACCAAUCCACUAGCCUUGUGCAUCUCAGGAUCAACGAGACUUGGACGUGCUGUUUGAUGCAUAAGACAAGUGAACCGUGUGCAUAAGUGAAAGUUUAUAAACGGUGGAUGUGAGUGGUGGAAAACUCCCAUUGACUUUACGCAUGUUCGUAGUUCUCGUGACCUCAGGCUCAACAAGGAAGGAAGACGAGGGAAUCUCUACCGACGGCUGCCUGCUAGCUGCAACCUGUACCAGGUGGUGCCACAUAUUGAUCAGAAAUGAGUGAAUGAAGUCGAGAGGAAGCAAAAGAACAAGAAGUGAACACAAGGAGCAGAAGUAAAGAUCACGGACGCCAACAAGCGGGGUUCGAGUGUGUUCAUCAUGGAGCGGUCAGAAGGAAGUGCUAGCACCUUGCGAGUGUGGCGUCAUUGAUCUUGUGCUUUUGGCAACUAUCCCGGAGAUGUUAUUUUUCUAUUGCCCGCGGUCUAUCCCACCGACCUACUUCUAGUCCCGAACCUUUCUCACUCUAUCAUGCCCCCAUCUCUUGCUCUCUUCAUAAUUACCCUGGAACCGUUCAGGCGCCUCCUGUGUACAUAGAGCCACUGCGUUUACACUUCGCGUUAUACGAAGGACAAUGUUGCGGUUGUCGCCAUCACAUUAUUCUUCUUGUUACACCAGUGCCCUUCUUUUUUAGAUGCUUUGAAGGGACCGGCACAAAUUCAAGAUUGGAGAGGCGAGAACACAUCGAUGAGUGCGCGAAAGUUAGGAACGCGCGUUCGGAAGAAUACACGUUUUCGCGGGCCACACGGGCUGUUCGUUGUUUUGUCAGCGACGCACCCUGUGUAAUUUACACUAAACAUUACCGCGUGAACUGUGCCAUACGUUUCCUCCCUUAUUUAUGUGUUCGUUUUUCUUGUUUCCUGUUGGUCUAAUGUUUUUCGGAAAUGUUGACAAUAAAAACGAAGUUUAAACGAA